AUGGACCCGUCUUUAGCUGCUGAUGGAUCCUCAUGGGGUGCUAACGUGCCGUAUGGUAGGAGACAGCGAAUCUAUAAUAUGGUGAAGCACACCAAGGAUUCGUACUUCAAUGCUGCCAAAAACUCUUUGAAGAACUAUUACGGGAAUGACAUGUCACCUGCAGAGGCAAGGGCUUUAGAGUUUCAAAUGUUCCCACCUAAGCUGCUUUGUUACCCAUCAUACUCAAGAAAACUAUCGGAUAGUAUCUAUGUCACAGAAUUAAGAGGGUUGAUAUAUUCUACCGGUCAACGAAGCAAAAGAAACAGUAUUCUUUUGUCUAUUUGCAAACAGUUUUUAAGAAACGAUCCUCCACCUAACGUUGAACAAAGAUUAGAAUCUUUGCAAAACGAUUCUAAUAUCUCGUUGGACAGUUCAUCUACGACGUCAUCAUCCACAAGCUCAGGUCAACUGUCAAUGGGAGAUGGGGUUGCUCCCUUGACACAGGAACAAGUUUUAAGGCAAAGAAUAGCGGGGUUCAUGAAUAAACAUCUCCCGAACGUCAACCUUCUAACUACGCUGUAUAACGGAUCAAAUGAUAAGAUGGAUCAAAUAACGGUCUCUGAUAACUCUGGUGGGUUUAAUAUUUUACUCAGUACCGAAUUUAAACCAGCUGGUGCAAAAGUUAAAUGCUUGGAAACCGGGCUAGUCCAAGAUUGCCAGAUUUUUUAUGUCGAAAACAGUGGAGUUGGACUUAUUAGUGACAUAGAUGAUACAAUAAAACACACAGGUAUUGUUGGAGAUAAAAGAUCGAUCUUUUUGAACGUUUUUGUCAACGGAUUUGAACAAUGGAAAAUUCAAGAUAUGCCAUUAUGGUAUACGACAUUAAAAGAUAGCAAAGCAGUUGAUUUCUUUUAUGUAUCAAAUGCCCCUGCUCAGAUAUACCCAAUAUUAUCGGAAUAUAUUGGUGAAAACUAUCCGUUAGGACCCAUGUUCCUCAAACAGUAUUCUGGUAACUUACUCUCAAGUAUUAUGAAAUCCAGUGCACAGAGAAAGCUUGCAUCAAUAUUGAAAAUAUGCAAUGAUUUCCCGAACAAAAAGUUCAUUCUGGUAGGUGAUUCCGGUGAGCAAGACCUCGAAGCUUACGUAUCGGCUGCGAGUCAAUUUCCAAAACAGAUUAUUGGAAUAUACAUCAGAUGUUGCAAGAAUUCAAUGAGUGAUGAAUCUGAAAAUGACGUAAGAGUUAUGAAAGCUUUAAAUGAUCAUAUUAAAAAGUUUUAUUUAGACCAGAUAAAGGAAGAAGAUGAUAUCCCCGAUUUAAUCCAAUUUGACUCAGAUUCAGAUUCAGAUGUUGCCCCAGCUAAAACGGAUAAAAAACAGCCUGUCAAAAAAAAGCCUCCACAGGUUCUAAAAAAGAAGCCAGUUUUGAGUGAUGCUCUUCAGCGUGAAAUUUCUGAAUCUAAAUCGUCUGGCACACAACCACCUUUACCUCCUAGAAAACCAACAAGACUAAAGAUGCGCAGUAUGGACAACGCUGUAUAUUCAAUUCCAUCCUCGCAGAAUGAUUAUGGAACAUAUUCUGAGUUCUUUGAUAAAAAGGCUGAAAGUUGGAAUGAAAGAGUUAAAGUUGCUGUAAAAAAGUUAAAAGAAAACGACGUUAAAGCUAGCUUCAUGUUUUUCAAUGAUCCCAUUUUGUGCUUGGAAGAUAGCAUAAAUAAAAUUGAUUCAUUAUGA